AUGCCCAAGGGAGUGGAGGACAGGGCAACAGAGCGAGGUAACCAGAGCCUCGUCGCUCAACCACGAAAUUCGCAAGCUUGCAAAAUGAGGGAAGCAAAGCGCAACCCGACCCGAAGGAACGACCGCCUGCCUGCCCUGGGAGCGCAGCCGCCCCCGGGGCCGCCUCCUCGGCGGCAGGGUGGCCCGGGGCCGGCCACCGCCGCGGCGCCGGGUCAGCGGCAUCCCCGGGGCGGCCGGGCGCGCCGCCAGCCGCCGCACCGGGGCGGGCGGAGAAGAUGGCUCCCGCGGGGGGCGGGGGUGAGCCCGCCGGCUGCAGGGGCACUGCGGCAGGCGGGCGGCGAGCGCUCCCCGUGGCGCAGCCGGGAGGGACCGGGGCGAGGUGCCCCGGGAGACGCCGCCCCCCACCCGCGGGAUUAUCCGUGCGAACGCGAGGGGACGGGCCGCCCCUGCUCUCGCCGCCUUCCCCCUCCCCUCGGAAGCGGCCCCGCUCCCCCGGCCCUGGCAGGGACGAGCCCCCGCAGCCCCUCAGCCCGCCCGUAA